CAGCGCUGGUCAGCUGGGGUGUCAGAGUACUCGAAAGCUCUGCAGGAUUCCAGUUAACCCCUGGUAGACUCUGCUGGUCUGGAAUAGAGUCAAAGAUAAUCUUCGCAGCUGGUCAGGGUGGAAGGCGGUCGUCUUAUUGAAUCUAGCUCAGCACCCGGGACUCGGACAGACGUGGUAUCGCAGUGACCGUCUCACGAUGACCGGAACCAGGCAGCUGUACGCGUCGUUUGACCCGGCCAGGUAUCACCGGGAGUACUACUCGGAGGUGGACCCCGAGGUGCAGUUCUUCCUCCAGCAGCUGCACCAGACAUUCGCUGAAGGGCUGACCGACUGCCCGGGUCGGGAAGUUCUGGACAUUGGCUGUGGUCCGACCAUCACCGCCGUACUAUCUGCGUCCCGGUGGGCCGACACCAUCACAAUGGCCGACCUCGUGCCUGCCAACCGAGAGGCGGUUAUGGAGUGGCUGAAGGAGGGGGAAGAUCAGCUGGACUGGAGCCCCCACCUGAAGUACGUGGCUGCCCUGGAGGGAGGUGGGGUGACUCCGUCCCAGCUUGCCGACCGGGUCCGACGUAAGGUCAGCCGAGUCCUUCCAGCAGAUGUUCUGCAAGAAGAGCCGCUGGGAGCCGCCGUCCCGAACAGGCACGUGGUAAUGCAGAGCGUCUGA